AUGCCUUAUCCGGUAAAAAAAAUCUCACGGCUUGCGGCCAUCCUGGAUGAGAAUCAGGUUCGACAUGUUCUUGGAUUCGACAUGAACAUUAUCCUUUGGGAGUCGCCCUUGUGCUUGGAUGAUGUCCAGUUCAUCGUCCAUGACGAACACUUUCUCAACGCCGUCGACCUCAUCACCAACGCAGGGUACACGCUGUGUACCGAUAAAGAGUGCCGCGUCGUGCAACCGUCCAACCCCGUCCAGAUACCGGAAACACACUUCCAUUAUUCACAAUGGCCAGAGUCCAUCGCCCUCGGGGUUUACAAGAAAUCUAACAUCUACUGGGCACUGCCGGACUUUCCGAUCGAGCAUCCCGAGCCCAAUGAUCCCAAUUUCAUGCUCUCCAACGAUCCUCGCCUACCUGCUCAUAAUCCGUGGGAUCCACCCUGCUGGGCAGCGGACUUAUACCCGGCCAAAAUCCUCACGCCUGUAGCAAUGACCGAAACUUUAAUCCUUCUGGCCAGUCGUUAUGUGUAUCAUCCAAAUGAGCUAAUGCGUGGCUGGCUACGGUUUCAGAAUUACGCUGUAAUGCAUGCGAAGGAAAAGUGGGUUAAACCCGAAGAUCUUCAGCCGCAGUUCCGUACUUACUACCGUCUCUUGUACAGCGAGCCGGUGCCUGGACGGAAUUUGGGGUUAGAUGUACAGGAGGAGCUUGCAAAGCUUCGCCGAAUGAUGCUCGAUAGCAUGCCUCCGCCUCAAAACACUCGCAAAUGGUCGAGCCCGGAGCAAAUUGAGAGUUAUGAGAAGUAUGGGGCUCACACUCUGUCCAAUUACUGGCCCUGA